AUGGCCAGCGAGGUAAACGAAAUUGGUGUCCAAGCGGCUGAGAAUCUAACGGAGAACAAUGAGGCGAUCACUGGAAGAAUACCGUCGACGUCCGAGGGUAUGGUCCUCGCUUAUGGAAGCCUGAUAAUUAUGGCCAUUUUGCCGAUCUUCUUCGGCAGUUACCGAGCUGUUAAACACCAUAAGGAGCAGCAGCAACAGUGUAAAAAGAGCGGAGAACAACCGGACACAAUGUCGCGCAAGGAGGCAGCAAUAUUUCCAUUCAUUUCUAGUAUUACAUUAGUUGGAUUGUACGUAUUAUAUAAGCCCAUUAAUCUCAUCGCUGGUACCUGCUGCGAUUCCGAAAACUCAGUAUCAUAUAUCAUUUACUAAAGGGGAAGGUGACAAAGUAGAACAUAUUAUUAAUUAUAAGUUCAAUCUUCAUGAUAUUGUUUGUCUAAUAUGCUGUUCGCUUGUCGGAACUUGGUAUCUUGUCAAAAAGCACUGGAUUGCCAAUAAUUUAUUUGGCAUCGCAUUCGCAAUUAAUGGAGUUGAAUUGCUACAUGUGAACAACGUUCCAACAGGGUGUAUUUUGCUUUGUGGACUGUUGUUUUAUGAUGCAUUUUGGGUAUUCGGUACGGACGUAAUGGUAACGGUUGCGAGAUCUUUUGAAGUACCAAUUAAGUUAGUGUUUCCCCAAGAUAUAUUGGAGAAAGGACUUACAGCCAGCAAUUUUGCUAUGCUGGGUUUAGGUGACAUUGUCUUGCCGGGUAUUUUCAUUGCCCUUUUAUUGCGGUUCGACAAUAGUUUAAGCAGAAAAACAAACGUAUACUUCUACUCGACGUUCUUCGCUUAUUUCAUGGGGUUACUAGCGACGAUGCUUAUCAUGCAUUUGUUCAAUCACGCACAACCAGCUUUGUUGUAUCUAGUGCCCGCUUGUUUGGGUACUCCUCUACUUUUAGCGUUGGCUAAAGGAGAUUUGAAGGCAUUAUUUUCGUACGUAUCAACAAAUUAUGCAAUGUUUGAUCAACGUUUCGUUCCACUUAUGCAUACUUGUUCCAAAUCUUUUUUCUUUCUUUUUGUUUUGAAACGAUGAAUUGCGAGUCGUUAAUGUUUUUUUCUUUUUCAGUUACGAGGAUCAUCCAGUUAAUGCGACACAAACGGAACAAUCUGCACAAACGCAAGUAGAAACGAAAAAGGACACAUAA